UUCCUCGUAAAUCAACUCGACUCUCGUCAGUCGAGUUUAUUGUUCGGUUGGGGGAAGAGUGUCGUAUUGUGCUUUAUAACUUUAGCUACAUUACGAAAAUAGUGUUUGAUGUGUAAAAUUUGUUGAUAACAUAAUAUUCAUAACAGUGCGGACUGUUUUAUACGAAUAAAAAUUAAAUGUGGGUGUGUUAAGUGGUAGUUUCUCCUAUUGAUAACAAUGGAUGGGCACGUUAAAUAUUACGAGGGAUGCGGACAGGAAGGGCCUAUUCGUUGUAUAUUUCUGUGUGAAUUCCAUCCGACUGCCGGACCGAAAAUAACGUGCCAAGUGCCAGAAAACUAUAUAUCCAAAGAAAUAUUUGAUACAGUGAGCCAUUACAUUAUACCGAAAGUGCAACUGCAGCGAUGCACGUUGACUGUGACUCUCCUCGGCUCCAAGAUCCUGGGCUUCCCUGUGCGCAUAGACAACAAGAAGUACGCUCGCAAUGCGUAUUACUUUAAUCUGUGCUUCGUGUGCGACGCGUGGGCCAGGACUGUCCACCUGGAGCCGCUCGUCAAGAAGCUCACUGAGUAUUUGCUCUCCAUGGAGCUGGAGAGCGAGUGGCUUUCGAAACAGUCGACGUCGGGCGACGCGAAGGCGCUCGGCGGGCUGAUGCGGCAGGUGAUGCAGGACAUCAACAGCCGCAGGAUGUGCACGCUCACCGUCGGUACCACUACCACCCACCUCACGGUGGUGAGGGUGAACAGCGACCCGGCGCCGGUGAAGGACCACCAGGUACCAGUGUUCCUGUAUAGUCGACAGUCGUUCGUCGCUGACCAGUGGGACCUCACCACUAACCAGAUCUUACCAUACGUGGACGGGUUCAACCACGUGUCCAAGAUCGCGGCGCUGACGGACGUGGAGAUCAGCCUGGUGCGCGCGUGCGUGCAAAACCUCGUGUAUUACGGGGUUGUCACUUUGGUGCCCAUCUUCCAAUACUGUGCUGUGUACAGCGCGACGCCUAAAUUACGGCAGCUGACGCGAUGCGCGGGUCUUCAGCGGCAAUGCGUAGAAUUCUGCGCGAGAUCCCCUCGUCAGCUGCCCAAAGUGAGUGACCUGUUCCGGAUGUAUGCUGGCAUGUCGUACGGCAGCACGAUCCGCGACCUGUGCAGGCGCAUGAAGCCGCAGGAGCUCGCCAUCAACGAGCGGAAGCUGGUGCUCUUCGGAGUGCUCGAAGGACUCAUACGGAGGGUGUAUAAGUAUCCAAUAACGUUAAACAACGAAGACUCGGCGUCAGUACACAGCGAGGACAGCGACCACAGCGCCCCCAUGGUGCGCACCUACAACGGCCUCGCGUGCCUCGACGAACUCUGCUGCCAAGGAGGACUCUCCGCCUCACAACUAGAGGAACAGCUCGAGCGAGAUAGCAACGUCAUCUUCAUCGUCAAGUGAGUGGCAGAUCGAAUGAUCUGUAAAGCAGGUUUUAGUAUAGCAAAAAAUAUCACCCCAAAUGAUUAAGUGUUAGCAGUCAUGGCAAGCUGAUUUUGUAGCUUGCAGGAUUUUUUUAUGAUUAAAUGUUGGCAGUUUAGCAAGUUGACUUCUGAUUUUGUAGCUUGCAGGAAUUUUUUAUGAUUAAAUGUUAGCAGUUUAGCAAGUUGACUUCUGAUUUUGUAACUUGCAGGGAUUUUUGUGAUUUAAUGUUAGCAGUUUAGCAAGUUGACUUCUGAUUUUGUAGCUUGCAGGAUAUUUUUAUGAUUAAAUGUUAGCAGUUUAGCAAGCUGACUUCUGAUUUUGUAGCUUGCAGGAUAUUUUUAUGAUUAAAUGUUAGCAGUUUAGCAAGCUGACUUCUGAUUUUGUAGCUUGCAGGAUAUUUUUAUGAUUAAAUGUUAGCAGUUUAGCAAGCUGACUUCUGAUUUUGUAGCUUGCAGGAUAUUUUUAUGAUUAAACUAGCUUCCGCCCGCAGCUUCGCCCGCGUGGGUUUCGGGUUUCAAAAAUGGAGAAGGUGCUCAAUUUGUCGGGAUGUUUUUUUAAUUUAUGGUGGUAUGCAGGUGGUCCGAUUGUCCGGUCAGGGUCUGAUGAUGGGAUCCUGGUGUAAUCGAAGGAACUUUUAACCAUUAAGGUUGCACACGAAAUGA